GCGAGUUCUAAUCACGUGACUUUCAUUACAAGAUGGCAGAAACAGGAAAGAAAGUAGAAAUAGAUACGGGACAAGAAGGUGAUAUUCACGAAUUAACAUUUGAUAGAAUCGCAUGGAAAUUAUUAAAGGACAAUUUCAUAUUAACGGCACUCGAGUUUCAUACUGAACUUGUUGAAGGAGGAAGAGAGUUGCCUCGACUAAGGGAUUAUUUUUCAAAUCCAGGCAAUUUCGAAAAGCAAACUAAUGAAGUCUCCUCAUCACCUGUUUUACUGAUGGAUUUUGAAAGCUUUACAAGUACAGACACUAUAAAGUAAACGCAAUGAAAAUGUACAAUAAUAACAGAAUCCAAUUCUAGCACACCAGAAGUACCAAUUGAUCCACUUUCUGUUCAGGAAGCUGUGAAACCACAUGAAAUACGUGCCUUGAAUUUUCUAGUUUAUGAAUAUUUAUUGAAGCAUAACUAUAAAUUAACAUCAAUUACCUUUUCCGAUGAAAUUGAAGAUCAGGAUUUUGAAGACUGGGAUGAUGUUGGUCUUAAUAUUCCAAAACCACCUGAAAUUUUAUAUAUAUAUCGCAAUUAUUAUCGCCAUUUGCAGUUAUGGAGACAAUUCAGAGAUGCAGAAUGUCAGACAGAUAUUCAUAUUUCAUCACAAAAUCAAGAUGUCCAAAAUCCAUUGGAAAUUGAAAUAAAUAAUUUAAGAGAAAUGAUUCAGUCACUAGUUCAAGAAAAUGAUAGUUUACAAAAUCAAAUUUGGAAAUUGGAAAAAGAAUCAGAAUAUAACAAGAAUGUAACAUCUUCAACACCACUAAUAACAUCAAAAAAAUUAAAUGGUCCAGUUUCACAAAAAAAUUCUAAUUUAGCAUUUGAAAAUAUCAAGAUGGAACCUUUAGAAUUGGAUUCUAGAAUUGAAAGUCCUAUAACAUUAGACGAAAAUAUGAAAGAAAACAAUUUACAAGAUUCUCCGUCCUUAGAAGUAGCUGUUCAUACAGAAAUAGAAGAUAAAUUAAAUGACCUAAGCAGUAUUGAACAUUUAAAUGAUUCUUCUGAACAGUUAAAUCAUAUCAUACAUACUGUUGCCAUUGCAUCAUCUGACAGAAAAUUGUCUAGUGCCUUUCAAAAAGCACUCCAGAACUAUGGCUCUUUACAUAAAUUUGGUCAUGAUAAUCGUUUAGCAAGUGAAGUAGCAGAAAUUAUAGAUUCCAGUGAUAAUGUAGUUUUAAUGUUAGCUCGUUGUCUCCCUCAUAUUGUUCCAAAUGUAUUAUUAGCUAAAAGAGAAGAGCUUAUUCCUUUAUUAUUGUGUACUAUCAGUUUACAUCCUGAAGCAAAACAGAGAGAUAAAUUAUUAAAUAUCUUAUUUAACUUGAUUAAAAGACCAGAUGAAGAACAGAGGCAAAUGAUUUUAACUGGUUUUGUAGCCAUUGCUCAACAUCUUGGACCGUCCAGAGUUGAAGCGGAGUUAUUACCACAGUGUUGGGAACAAAUUACUCAUCGCUAUACUGAAAGGCGCUUACUAGUUGCAGAAUCUUGUGGCGUAUUAGCUCCCUACAUACCUAGAGAGAUUCGUAGUUCAUUAGUAUUAUCUAUGUUGCAACAAAUGCUUCGAGAAGAUAAAGAAGAAAUAGUGAGAGAAACAGCAACACGAAAUCUAUCUCUUCUUCUUGCCUAUGUAGAUGAUCCAGAUAAAUUUUCACAGGCAAUGGAAUUAUUACUUACUACUUUUGAGGAUAGCAGUGCCAGUGUUAUUGAAGUUGGAUUAACAGUAUUAUUGCCAACAAUUGCUGCAUGGGCAUUAGAAUUAAAUAGGCUAGAGAAUUAUUUAUUUUCUACUAUUAUGAAAGCUUUAGAAACAAAUGUGCAGUUAUUAACUCAAAGGACACAAGAUGAAAACCCAGUACCUUCAACUGAAGAACAACAAUUGGCUUUAUUGAUAAAAGCUCUUCAGAUAAUUCUUCCAUUUUUAUUUGUAUCAUUGCUUCAGUCAGGUCCUUUUAAUGAUGAUAAGAGUGAUAUUUCUCCAAGCAAAACAACCACUGAAUUGGAAGUGGAUCGUCUACCAGUAUCUCCUAGUCAACUUCAGGAUCCUAAUGUCAUAAUUGGUGAUGCCCAUAUUUUAACAACAUUGAUUGAAAGAUAUGAUAAACACAUUAAUGAAGAAUGGUAUAAACCUUGGGAAAUACAUAAUUGGAUUACUAAAUCAUUUCUUCCAUGGUUAAUGAAUGUGUUAUCCUUCAUCAAUCCUCCAAGACAAAUUAUAGUCCAUUCAUUUGUAGAAUUUAUGCAUUAUUUUUGUCAUUUAUUUGGAAAGAAUUUUGUCAAAAGAAAAGUGAAACCAUUAUUCUUAAAUAGGGUAAAAAUUCCUGAAGAAGAACUUGAUUAUGGUGUUCAUUUAAAACAUCCUGCUCUUGCUGAUGCCACAAUACCUGUAUAUGCUGCAGGAGUUUUGACAGUCUUUCAUCAAGAUGAAGAUAGAAAAGAAUUAUUAUCAUUUCUGCAAGAAUUAUUAUGCACAUUAUCACUGUGUCAUGCUCCAUUAGCAAGCAUACAAAGUACUAUAUUAGAAUUAUGUUCUUCACCUACCUAUCAUGAAACUGCUCUAGCAAUGUUAUGGGAUGGAGUGGUGCAUACAUCUGCUUUAGUUAGAACAAGUUCUGGUCGCCUUUUUGAAAUUUUAGUUGGAGUUGCUAGUGAGACUUUAUUAAAAAAUAGAAUUGUUCCAGCAUUAGUAACCCUGGCUAGUGAUCCAGAAAUUGAAGUCAGAAUUGCUACAAUUCAAGCAUUUGGAUCUAUUUUAGAAGUUACAUCACAAAAAGAUUUAUUGGACAAGGUCCACAUGCAAUUCCAAACGUUUCUUGAUGAUCCUCAAUAUCUGAAUCAACAUACAUUUCAGAUAGAAAUUAUUCGCACUUUUGCUCGAGUUGGUUCUAAUAUCGAUCCAAAAUAUAGAGAUGAUUUUAUUUUACCAAAGUUAAUGGUUUUGGCAGCACAAAAUAACAAUGUAAGUAAUCAGACAAAGAAAAAUGAUAUAGCAAUGGCUUUAUUGGAAGCAUAUACUGCAUUAUCAUGUUGCUUUAUAACUGAUGUUGUUGUAGCUGAAUCAGUAUUGCCUGGUUUGAAAUAUCUCUUGACAGAUUUGCAACAAUGUGAUCCUGAACAUGCAGAAACUGUUGACAUUAUGAUCAAAGAGUUUGAAACAAAGGCAGACAUCAAUAAAUCUGCAGAAAAUCGUUCAGCAAUUAUUUUGCAAUCAUCGCCAGUUAGCAUGGAAGAUGUCAAGAACAGAAUGACUAAAAUAUUUGCAGCAAGAUCAAAUGCUUCUAAACCUAACAUUCCCAGUAUAUUUCAACUCAGGAAAAAGUGAUUAGAAUUAUUUUAAUAUAAAUGAAAUUUUAUGUAUAUAAUGUUUCAUUUGGAAUCAUUCCAUGACAAAUCUCUUUCAUUGAAAGUCCCCGCCCAUACCACUCAGGCUUAAUAACUUGAAAGGAAAGAUAUUUCCUAGUUUCCAUCAGCAUGUUAAACUAACGUGUGAAGUAAUAUGUGAAAUGGCAGCUUGUUUCUGCACAAAUAUUUAUUUGAGAAAGAAAAUUUCAAUCUAAACUUGGUUUAUGUACAUAAACAUGUAAAUUUGAAUAAUUAAUUCAUUUAAAUAUUAGAUGAAAUUCUAAGUAAUGAAAGAAAAUUUUAGCCUAUUGUAAAGUUAUGUGAUGAUAGACUUUUUCACAUAAUAUUUUUAUAUCUAUGAUAUUACUUAUAAACUUUAAAUGUGAAUGAAUAGUCAUAAGAAAUUCUUCCAAAUUUGAAAAGUUGCUGUCCUGAUGAUGUCCAUAGAAUGAAAAUAGUUCUCACAAAUGUUUGUAUAUUCUUUGUUGCCAGCAAUGUUUGUUGUUAGUGUAUAUUUUAUGUCACUUAUUAGAAAUGGCACACAUUGUUCCAGUAUGGAAUCCAACAAAGUUAAAAAGUGACAAAUUAAAUGAAAUUAUCCUGCCGAAUUUUUUUAACAUUAUUAUGUGAUUGUACAUACUUAUAACAUUCCAGAAUUUAGAAAAUUUCAUUCUUCUUGCCGUUUUUUAAAUUAUAUGAUUUAUAUAUGACUUUUUAUCUU